GUUUUUUGUGCGCAUCUUUCUGCGCAAUCGAAGCUCUUCAAUCGAAGGAGUCUGGUAAAAUGGGAAGGAAUGUUGGUAAAAUCAGGUGGCAAAUGCUGGCCGGGCCAAAGGACAAUUAUAAUUUAUGAAAGGCAUAUCAUUUUCUUUGUUUUUAUAAAAAAAGAAUAAGAUAAUAAAAUUUUAAUUUAUCUGAAAAUUUCAGUUCAAUUAUAUAGGUAUUUUGUAAGAAAUUUGAAAAAAAAUAAAAUGUGCCCGGUUGUAAAAAGGUGCCUCAUUUUACCAGGACACACAAAGAUGGCGCCGUAGAGAUCUGACAUCGUCUGUCAAGCGGUCGAAACAUGUUGAAAAUGACUGAUCGCGAUCGAGUUGGGGGGAGAUUUGUGAAAAAGGGUACAAUGAAUAGAAGAUUAAACAUGAUGAAGAUACGUGAGGCUACUGUGUAAGUAUACAUUGAUAUAAUAAUUACACAUUUUUUGUCCUUUCAUAUCGAUUACUUUAUCAGCGUUUUUAUCAGCAACAGUGAUGCAUUUGAUCUUUUGUCUUACAAAAUGAGGCUAUUGAGUAGCUAUUGACAUUUGACAGUAUGUGAAUUAGAUUACUAAUCACAGUAAUUCGCAGACCUGGUUCAAAAUUUGCAUCUGGGUCGAACUUGCAGACUAAAUAUAAAGCUUAUGUUUUUGAUAUUCAGCAGUAAACAAAACACAACUUGGGUAUUUAUACAAAUAUUGAUUUAUAAAUUUAUAAAUUUUAUUACUAAGACUAGGUUGUUGUUUACUUUCAGGACUCAAAAUGUUGCACAAACAGAAGGGCACACAUGUGAAUCGAAUGAUGAAUCAUGGAGAAAAGGGAGGCGAAUCGUUGAGUUGGAUCAUAUGGCGAAACAAAUGAACUGUUGGGAUUGUGGGCACACACUGACUUUAAAUAACAUCGUAAAUGAAAGGCGUCAAGGGUUUGCUUCAAACCUGACUAUUACCUGUGAGUGCGGUGUUCUGAAUGAAGUAACAACUGGCAAGUCACACAGAGUUAAUAAACGCGGACCUGCUGUGUUUGACAUAAACACAAAGGCAGCUUUAGGUAUGCUUCAUAGUGGAUCCGGGCACACACAGGUCACCAACUUUAUGUCUUCCAUAGAGAUAGAGGGUAUGCACCAUAGAACUAUGAAAGCCCGUGAGUGUGAAGUGGAGCCACAUAUCCAAUCUGUUGCCCAGCAGUCAUGCAGUGAGGCCUUAUUGGAGGAAAUACAGGGCAAUGUAUCAGCAAGAAGUGUAAAUGAAUCCAAUGACGGUCAGCAGGCUCGCAGCUCUGGGGAGUUUAAGUACGACAUGGGAUGGCAGAAGCGUGGGUCAGGAAGGGCCUAUAACAGUAAAUCUGGAGUGGGAACAUUAAUCGGCAACAAGUCCGGGAAAAUAUGUGGCUUUGGUGUUCGAUCAAAGGAUUGUCGCAAAUGUUCCUUUCAUACAAAUAUGGGGAAAACUCCUCCAGAACAUAAGUGCUGUAAAAAUUGGGAGGGCUCGUCAAAAGCAAUGGAGAGUAACGUUGCAGUUGAAUUAGUGAACAAAAUUGAAAAAGAAAAUGUUGAAGUAUCAGUGUUAGUUAUGGAUGACGACUGCACAACAAUGGCACGAAUCAAUGAAGAAAUUCCACAUCCGGUGAUCAAAUGGAGUGACAUUAGUCACACUAAAAAGCAUCUUGGUAACAGUUUAUACCAACUACAAAAGAAACACAAGAAUUUCAACAACAAUUGUGUCAAGUAUUUUCAAAAAUGCUUCUCUUACGCUAUUGUACAAAAUAAAAAUGAUACAGAAGCAUUAAAGAAAAACCUAAAGCAAAUAGUGCCACAUGCUUUUGGAGAGCAUGACCAGUGUGACUCAAAAUGGUGUACUUAUAAAACUAAUCCUGAAGAGUUCCGCCACAAGUCCCUUCCAUCUGGAAAAGAUCUACAGGGUGAUGAAUUAAAAAAUGACCUGAACAUUAUAUUUGAAACAUUUAUCAAUAAUGCUCACAAGAUUUCCCCUGCUGCAUCUACUAGAGAUGUUGAAUCAUUCAAUAAUUCAAUUGCUGCAAAAGCCCCCAAAAGACUGCACUAUUCUUCAUCAUCUAGUUUGCAAAAUAGAGUUAGUUGUGCAGUAGCAGAGAAAAACAUGGGCUCAACAUACGUCAACAAAGUUAACGAACUGGUGGGUGUUUCGCCUGGACGAGUUUUUCAAAAACUUGCAGAAAAAAAAGACAAAACGCGCAAACGCAGACUCGCGUAUGAAAAUACAAGAGAAUUCAAAAAAAGAAAACUUGAAAGAAAAUUAAAAAACAGUACCAUGAAUUCCGCUUCUCAAAUUCGGGAAGGAGUAACUUAUCAGUCAUCUGUUGAUUUGACACAAUCUGACGGCGAGUUUGUCAAAGAAAUACCUGCUCCAAGCAUUGUACCAACUGUCACUCCAUGUAUAUUACCAAAGAAAUAUACCUUUGUGUAUUGUGACAUCGAAACAACAUCUCUUAAUAAAACGUGUGAUAUCAUUCAGAUUGCGGCUGUUUCAGAAAAUGGCAAGUUUUCGAAAUACAUCUUACCUAGUCAACGAAUUUCAACAGCAGCUUCUCAAGUCACUGGACUGACUGUUCAUGGAAAUGUUUUGCAUUUGAAUGGUACUCCUGUAACAUCCGUUUCAUUGCAACUUGCAUUGGCAUCAUUUCUGGCAUGGUUAGAUGAUCAAAAGCCUUGUAUUUUUGUAGGACAUAAUUUCUUGAGGUUUGAUUUACCUAGGGUCUUACGAAAUUUUGAAAUUUGUCAUUUUCUUCAUGCUUUAGAACCAGUUGUAUUAGGUGUAGUAGACACACUACUUCUGUUUAGAGAAGUUUAUCCUGGUCUGGAAAAAUAUUCACAAGAGUUUCUUGUUACAUAUUUUUUAAAUGAAAACUAUGCAGCUCACAAUGCUGAGGAUGAUGUUCUUGUUCUUCAAAAACUUGUUCAACAUGUAAAACCGUGCACUGAAGUUCUUGUACGCCACAGUUCAAGUAUGCAUACCUUGGUUGAGAAGUACCUUUUUGACAAAAUUGUAGAUAAAAACUUAAACACCUUGUUAGUUUUAUGCAAUGAUAAGAUACUUUCAAAGCAAAUGUGUAAAAAGAUUGCUGAAAGUGGAUUAAACUUAGGUCAUCUAAAACUUGCUCACACCAGAGGUGGUUUAAAAACACUCUUGUCUGAAAAAUUCGAUGGGAAACCUCGAGUAACAUCAAAAAAAUGUUUACUUGAAAAAGUAAAUAAGUAUUUUGAAGACAAACAGUAAGGCAAAACAAAUUUUAGCUGAAUGUAACAAUAGACAUUAGACGUUUAAUUGGCUGUAUUUGUACAUGUAUAGUUUUUUUGCAUCUUAGUUUUACAAGCUCUGUAUAGCUGUAAACAUUUGAAUGUAUAUAUGGCCAUACCAAUUAGAAAAGUAAAUAAUAUUUCUGUAGUUUUUUAAUUUCAGCAUUUAAGGGACAUUAUCCCUCUGCUAAGAAGGAUAACUUCUUUUUUAAAUUUUUCACAAAUUCAUCAUAGAUCUAAUGUAAAUUUGUAAAUAAGAAAAACAAAACCCUGUAUGUAACCUGCAUUAUACCACGUUGUAUAAGGUUUUGUAUUUGGUUUUAAAGUCAUUGUUGUGUUCAUGAAAAUCAAUAUUAGAAAUUUAAAAUUUCCAUAGUGAAAUUUAGAGGAGAGGGUCAGGACCCCUUAAAGAGGAAUUUCAGAUGUAAUAUGUUGCAUUGGGGUUUUUUUGUAAUUGAAAUCAAAAUCUAAGAAAAAAUGUAUGUUUUUCUUAUGUUGAUGCAUAUUUUACAACCUCUGACAUUGAAAAACGUCUAACAUCGUGCUAGCAAAUGUUGUUUUAUUUACUAAAUGAAUAUGAUGACCCCCAUUUUUCUUUAUAUCAUUAUUAUCAGUAUACUUAAAUGUACAAUAUGUAUGAAUUUAAAAAAAAAUAAAUUCGUCAAACUUUUUUUAUUGACUUUUUAAUGCGUAAAUUGUAUAAAUUAUGCGAAAACAAUGUACAUUUGGUUAGAUAAAUGAUAAUUUGAAAAAUGA